AGAGAAAGAGCGCUGCAUGUGAGCGCAUGUUACACGGGAGUGCUGCUCCAGGCUGUUUUGCUCAGACUGUAAUCUUGCCCAGGAAUUUUCCUCUCUGGCUGCAUUUAAAUAUCCUCCAUCAGACCCAGUGUUUCCACCUGGACUUUCAAGCAGGGGAAUGACUUCUGUACUCCAGCUAUAGCCUGAACAGGCCAGACGGCAAAAAAAAGGAUGAGUUCAGAGGAGCGCAGCUCAGCCAUGUCACAGAAGAUCUCCUUGUCGAGGAGCAACAGCAGUUCCUCGUCCAAGCACGACAGCCGACAGGACAGCUGGGAGAUAGUGGAAGGCCUGCGUGGAGGCGUCAGUAAUGUCCUGGAGCCCCAGAAACAGGAGGGCUACAUGCUGAAGAGGCGGAAGUGGCCCAUGAAGGGUUGGCACAAGAGAUACUUCUUCCUGGACAAAGGGAUCCUGAAGUAUGGCAAGUGCAGCGCUGAUAUUGAAAAGGGGAAGCUGCAUGGCUGCAUUGAUGUGGGCCUCUCCGUCAUGGCCAUUAAGAAGAAAGCCAAGUGUAUUGAUCUCGACGCAGAGGAGAACAUCUAUCACCUGAAGAUUAAGUCACAGGAGCUGUUUGACGAAUGGGUUUCCAAGCUGCGCCACCAUCGGCUCUAUCGGCAGAACGAGAUCGCCAUGUGCACCAACGAGAAGUCGUUCUUCUACCCCAUGUACCCUUCCCCCAACUCUCCCGGCAUAGCUGAGGGCGCACCAAUGAGAAGGUGCAUGUCUGUCCGGAGGAGGUCCUCUGUGCAUCCCGUGGCAGGCUUCCCACUGAGCUCCAACAGUCAGGCCAAGGUGGCCGCCUGGCUCCAGUCCUCAGACGACAUGGACAAAUGCUCCAAAGACUUGUCAGUGUGUGAGGCCUACCUGCUGGAGCUGAACCACCUGAUACAGAGCAUGGAAGUCCUCCACCGCACCUAUUCUGCUCCGUCUAUUCAAGCACUACAGGCGUCUACAUUUGACAGCCCCAAAAAAGAAAAGAGACUUCCAAGAAAAUGGCGCAAUAAAAACUACAACAAAGCUGUCAAAACAACCCUGCAGGUACCCAGCUGCAUCUCCUCUGGCUCCGUGCGCCUCCAUGCCUCCAACCCCAAUCUUUCCACCGCGGCGCUCGGAAACGACAAAGUCGACCCCGAAUCCCUGGAUUCACAGUUUGACGUGACGAAGCUGCAGGAGGACUUUUGCCGUGUCGCCACCAACUUGCACACAACCAUGAAGUCAGCACUGAGCUCGCUAACAUCAGAGAGGGAGCGAUUGAAGCAGUGUCUGGAUCACGACUCAUACCCCCCAACUUCUCCCCAAGUCGUCAAUCUGAAGAACACCCUGGCAGCGGCUUUAGCGCAGAACUCUGAGCUGAGAGAGCGCCUGAGCAAGAUUCAUGCCGAGUCCCAGAUCGUAGAGCCCACACUAAUAAAUCUCACUGCACCUGUGCAGAAACAGGACUCGGCAGAGAACUCCCACCCCCUCGUGCACCAACUUUCCAAUGAGAGCAGAGCUUCGAUUGCGGAGUCUUUAUCGGAGUUCUUUGAUGCACAGGAGGUCCUCUUGUCAGCUAGUUCCUCUGAAAAUGAGGUAUCAGAUGAUGACUCAUACAUCAGUGACAUUAGCGACAACAUUUCGAUGGAUAAUUUCGGCAACGAGACAGAAACUGAAAGACCCAACUCAGGUUCUGCAGAAGAAGGCUCGGUCGUUUGCUCGCGCAGAUCCUGUCUGCCCACCCCCAGCCCUGCCAACAAUACAGUCAGCCUGUGGAACAUCCUCAGAAACAACAUUGGCAAAGAUUUGUCCAAGGUGGCGAUGCCUGUGCAUCUUAAUGAGCCCCUCAAUGCCCUGCAGAGACUCUGUGAGGAGCUGGAGUGCAGUGAACUGCUGGACAGGGCUGCUGUCACACAGGACCCUUUUGAGCGUAUGAUCUAUAUCGCCACGUUUGUUGUAUCAGGAUAUGCUUCCAGCUACUACAGGACUGGAGGGAAACCUUUCAAUCCAGUUCUGGGAGAGACGUAUGAAUGUGACCGGCCAGACAAGGGCUUUCGGUUUGUUGCCGAACAGGUCAGCCAUCACCCACCCAUUUCUGCUUGCCAUGCAGAAUCCAAAAACUUUGUCUUCUGGCAAGAUGUAAGGUGUAAGAACAAAUUCUGGGGGAAGUCGAUGGAGAUUGUUCCUGUGGGUACCACUCAUGUCACGCUGCCAAGGUUUGGGGAUCACUACGAGUGGAAUAAAGUAACAUCCUGUAUCCACAACAUCCUCAGUGGACAGCGCUGGAUCGAGCACUAUGGGGAGAUCUCAAUCAAAAACUCCAACAGCGACGUUUGUCAAUGCAAGCUCACUUUUAUCAAGGCCAAAUACUGGAACUCAAGCGUGAACGAGGUGGAGGGCACCAUUACGGAUGUCAAAGGAAAGGUCAUCCACAGACUGUUUGGGAAAUGGCACGAAGCGGUUUUCUGCGGCGACCCGCCGUCGGCCACCUGCGUCUGGAGGGCAAGUCAAAUGCCAAUGAACUAUGAGCAGUACUAUGGCUUUACAAAGUUUGCAAUUGAGCUAAAUGAGCUGGAGCCCUGUUUAAAACCUCUGCUGCCUCCUACAGACACCAGGCUACGAGUGGACCAGAGACUGCUGGAGGAGGGGAACUUGGAAGCAGCAGAGGAACAGAAGCAGAGGAUUGAACAGCUGCAGAGAGACCGCCGGAAAGUCCUGGAGGAGAACAAUGUGACACAUCAGCCCAAAUUCUUCAGGAAGUCGAUGGAGGACACCUGGGUGAGCAACAACACGUACUGGGAGCUGAGGAGGGACCCCGGCUUCUCCCACAUGGAGUUUCCCACCCUGUGGUGACCUCAGAUCAUAGUUCCGUCCCACACAGCCUCCACUGCAAUCCAGGCUGGUUCUGGUGAUGUCUGUAGCCCACUCCCACUCGUCCAUGUUCUUUUUCUAUAUUGCCGGCCAUUCAAGUGAUUGCCUUAAUGACGGGUGCAUAGCUGUGUUGCAUAAACCUGUUGAUGGAAGCAGUUGGAGCGAACGUUGCUGUGUUUUGGGGUCUUUCACCCACAUUUCUGCAUCUUUUAUGCUAUGGCUUCACAGAAGAGGAGAGCAGCUUGGUAAAAUAAACAAUAAAUAAAAUGUUUCAACAUGUUCAGAAUUCUAGCUAAAAAAAAUGCUGAAUAAAUUGGUCAUUUUAGGUCUUGUCUUCUCAUGGACAUUCUCUACCUCGGAGAAAAUCUAGCCUUGAUAUGUCAGUGAUCGCGUGCGCACAUGUUUAUUCUGCAUCGCCUAAUGCCUUACUAGUUGUACUUUAGAUUGUUUUGUUUCAUCUUGUUUUUGCUCUGCCUAAAAGUCACCGUUUUGUAAGGAUAUGCAAGAACUGUUGAAUUGAUGUUGAGCACAUCUUUGUGUCUCUUAAAGAAAUGACUUUAGCUAUUACUCUGUGAAGGCCUGUGCAAUUAUGAUAUAAGCAGCAGUAGCAAACAUCCGUCCCAGUCACUUGUUCCCACUUGGUCCAUUGCCCCAUCUGGACGUUGGUUUUGGGUUGCCGAGAAGUCAAAUGCAAUCUUCGUGGGAGGAUAAUAAAAUAUUGUUCUCUCUUUUGUCAAGUUAUUUAUGUGUUUUUCAAACUUGCAGAAUAUCUCGGGGAAUAAAGGGACCCACAACAGCUUCAUAAACACAAUAAGGUCAUGUUGUGUUUUGGUGGCAUAUGAAGUCAUAAGGUUUAUUAAAAAUCGAUGAUGAAUUGUGUGUAAAUGUGAUAACUUUUUUGCAUCCAACGCUACUCUUUACACUGUCUUGCAAAGAAUGCAUACCCAUUAA